UGGCCUCUAAUUCAGAACAAUGCUGCUAGCAAUUGAAGUUUAUGUCUGAUCGCGACAAGGAUCCCGAACAAAUGCUUCGAGUUAUGGUGGAUUCUGGAGGUUGCCACGGCUAUCAGAACAAGCUGGACUUGACUUCGAAAGCUGAAGAGGAUGAUAUUGUAUUUGAAAAAGAUGGCGCCCGCGUUGUCAUUGACGAAGUCAGUCUUCAGUUCCUGCGAGGUUCAACAGUCGAUUUCGUCGAAGAACUCAUUGGCAGUACCUUCCAAGUGGUAUCCAACCCCAAUGCUAAACAUACUUGUGGCUGUAAUAUAAGCUAUGAUAUCGAUUUGGAUAUGAUCACCCAAAAUUAGACGACUCUUUCCACA